GUCAACUCAGCAACCCUGGAUUAUUCAUGCAAAAUAAUUAUCACACAAUCCAACGCGAACACGCACAGAAGAAAGUGAAAUUGGAAAAUUUAAGUCAACCGCAAACUCAUGAAGGUCGACAGGAAGAACAGUUUUCCUUGUUUCCCAUAAAAUACCGAAGAAGGUCACGCCGUCACCGCAGAAGGGUCGAAAUAACCACUGAAGGAACACUUUCCGGUUCGUGACAUUAUUCUUUACGUAAUAAUACAUGGAAAGUUGAACCAAUAUCGAAUCCAGAUGUUAUCGAAUGCUUCCAUCGCUAUCGAAAUCAAAAAUUCAUCUUCCAAUGCAUCCGACAAGUUCCUUUGCUCUCACAAUCUCGGCAUGAUCACGUGCUACAGAUACGGCGAAUGCGAGUCACAAGCACUUUUCAAAAAUCACACUCAUGGACGACGCGAAGUUCACGGAGAGAAUUCAAGCCUGGAGCCAACAGUUAUGCUGGCCGCAAUGGCUGGCGUGUUCAGCAUUUACUUCUGCACCAACAUGUGUAGAGCUCUUUGCUGCCCUUCCAGGCGAAGAAAACGAGAUGAACGGAAGUAUGUACAGUUCAGUCACUGCAUUCAAAAAUCUUCCCAUUAGAUCGUCUUCAACUGAGAGCUUGAAACAUCCGAUGCGGGUUUUAGGCAGGAAGAAUACAGUAUUGGCUCUCAUCUGAUGCUCGCGGAUAUUUAACGCAACGCAAUGCACUUUUUCGAAAUUGAAUACAGCAUCCGAAAGUAAAAAGCCAAGUCUUUUCCUCCCAACACGGACACACAUGAGCUGAAGGAUGCACAAUAAACUUAAUUCAGCUAGGAAAAAGUAACAAACAGAAAAGCAAGCAUCACCGGUAAGGACGACCAACGGGGGUAUUUUCGUCUCACUUGAAUUUUCUUCCAUGUUUUCUGAUAUCGUUUGAAUUCGGAAGCGAAUUGAAACGAAUAUUUCUUACACAAGGAAUGGUUUGUAAAAUAAUUCGAAUGCUUAGCCUCGUGGUUGCCUUUCGUUCGGGGAUAAUGUCCAGUCAGCUGGGCAUGAUCAUUAUCAAACCGUCCAGGUUUACCUUCAGAACACCUAAUUAUUAGCUCAUUAACCCUUACUGCCACGGGAUCGGCUUUGUUAAGCGCAUUCACACAUGAAUGCGGGAACAUCCGAUAAAUAUUCUAAAAAUCCUCAAUUCUUAUCGGUAAACCGAAAAGAUUUUUGGUAUCGAAGUCGCGCCGACUUCGACCAAAUACAGUACCGUAUACAAAAAAGCUAAAUCACAGUCUCGCUCAAUAUUUUUCCGAAAAGAAUUUGAAUAGAAUCACUUCAUCAUUUCACCGCGCUGGUUCGUAGGUUCUCACGGUACUUCGACGCUUCGAAGAAUGAAUGCGGCGGAGACGUGACGAAGCAUCAAUCGGGAAGUGACAGAAAACGCGCAGGGGCUUAUCACUCGUGGAAACUCAACGACUACCAGGAUCCGUACCGGGAAAACCACAGCUAUCCCUCGUCUCAUGGAAAUCGCCUCCGCGACGAUUUUCACGAGCCGAAUCGAAGCAGAAGGAUGAGGAUGUCCACCGAGUCCUCCGGAACUUACACGGAAAAUGAAACAACGAUGAAAACUGGCUCCUUCCAGCCGCAGUCACCUUCAACGCAUAAACUGACACAAUCGAUCGACAAGCUCACGGAUUCUCGUUCGCAAAUGGACACUGAUUUCGUCAGAGUUCCUAUAGACACCGGAGAACACGGACGCCAGAAAUUCCUGAUAUUCAAAAAAGUAAAUUCUUGAACAAAGCAAACAGAAAUAUACCAUCAUCGAACAUACUUCGAAGUUCUAAAAAGCGAAUUCACGUCAGCCAGACCUUAACAACACUGGCACAAUCCUUAUGACGCAUCCGCACGCGCCUCUCACAAUCGCUAGGGCGAAGCGACACCACCACAAUCUGUUCCUUUAUUGAAGUGGGCGGAAUUGCACCCAGAAGUGAUUGGUCUGAAGACAGGUGCAGUAGCGAUAUUAUGUACGACGACGAUUACGAAACGGCAUAGCUUAGUACAGUAUUGGCUGUACUGCAUAGUAUAGUAUUACGUACUGUACAGGAUUCCGUUCUGAACUGUUGUCUCGAAGCACAUGCAUGUAAGAACUGUGAACGGGUCGUUCAAGCACAUGUCAUGUGAAUAAUUAAUCUCGAACGAUUUUAUGUGUUCCGCGUGAAAACCGAAUCUGGACCAUGUCUUCAAAGAAAAAAAACAAUAAGAAUCCUCUGAACCUUAAGCUGCCUGCCCAGCCGGUGGAGACUACCGUAGCUAUUCAACCGGAAGCCGAACGUCCGAGCACUAAUUCUGGUGAAACAUGCUUCGACAACCUUCUCCGAAAGCUGGAAGAGCUCGAUAUGGACGAUGCUCAACGCAAGCGCAUGGAAGUUUUCUUGAUACAGAAGAGGAAAGUCGGUGAUUUAUGCGCGGAAGAUUUUGAAAAGCUUGGGGAGCUUGGUGCUGGAAACGGUGGAGUUGUUCUGAAAGUACUUCACAAGCCGAGCAACUUCAUCAUGGCGAGGAAACUGAUCCAUUUAGAAAUUAAGCCAGCGAUACGGAACCAGAUCAUUCGCGAAUUGAAAGUAUUACACGAGUGCAACUCCCCACACAUCGUGGGAUUUUAUGGCGCAUUUUACAGCGAAGGAGAGAUCAGUAUUUGCAUGGAGUACAUGGAUGGCGGUUCUUUGGAUCUUAUCUUGAAACAAGCUGGAAGGAUUCCGGAAGAUAUUCUCGGGAAAAUCACCGCUGCAGUUCUCAAAGGAUUGCGUUAUUUACGCGAGAAGCAUCAGAUAAUUCAUCGCGACGUGAAACCUUCAAAUAUCCUCGUGAACAGCCGUGGUGAAAUUAAGAUCUGCGACUUCGGAGUUUCUGGGCAGCUGAUCGACUCAAUGGCGAACUCCUUCGUUGGAACUAGGAGUUACAUGUCUCCAGAGAGGCUACAAGGAACACACUAUUCGGUGCAAAGCGAUAUUUGGUCCCUUGGUUUAUCUUUAGUUGAAAUGGCUCUUGGAAUGUAUCCCAUACCUCCACCUGAUUCUGGAAGCUUGAAAGCGAUUUUCGGGACCAAGUACACGGAUCCCCCGCCUCGUUCUGGUGGCACUGCACCUUCUUCUGUGCCAGAUCCUAAGCCCCUUGCCAUAUUUGAGCUGCUGGAUUAUAUUGUCAAUGAACCACCCCCAAGCUUGCCACCAGGCUUAUUCUCCGAUGAAUUCAAGGAAGUUGUGGAUAUCUGUCUCAAGAAGAAUCCUACUGAAAGACCAGAUACAAAAUCUUUGAUGAAUCAUCCAUGGAUAAAAAAAUGGGAUGCCGCGGACGUUGACAUUGCGGGUUGGGUUUGCAAGACAAUGGAUUUGCAUCCUCAAAUCCCCGCGAAGAAUGGCACUGAGCCAUGAGUUAUGAGCUUUUUGGAAUUCAUGAGUUACCUUGGGUGUUCAGUUGUUGCAUGCAAAGAUGAGCUUUCAAUUCCUGCAAGCAUUCCCGGUUGUUAACCUUUUCGAUGUUCGUUUUUUUUUCAUAUUGUAUUCAUGUGGUGAAUUUACCUUGCGCAGUGACAAUUGUUCUCUUUUUGGAGAAAUAUCUCGAAAUUUUGAGUUACGCAAUUUUGCUGAAAUAUAGUGUAGUUGAACUUUCCCUUUCAUGGAAA